AUGACACCCACGCCCUGGACCUCCGCGUUCGGCGGCAGAGACGGUGUCAACGACGCCCCGGGAGGAACCCUUGUGUCGUCAUGGCCGUCAACAUCCUCCAGGAGAUGUUGUACAGGGUUUCUCAGAACGUGUAACCGUGAUGGUGGUGUGAGUAUAGACCUGAACCACGGGACGACCACCCUGGCCUUCAAGUUCAAACAUGGAGUCAUUGUGGCCGUGGACUCCAGAGCCUCAGCAGGCCGUUACUUGGCAUCCAACGACGUCAACAAGGUGAUAGAGAUCAACCCCUACCUGCUGGGCACCAUGUCGGGCAGCGCUGCAGACUGCCAGUACUGGGAGAGACUCCUGGCCAAAGAAUGCAGGCUCUACAGGCUGAGGAGCAACCACAGGAUCUCUGUGGCUGCUGCCUCCAAGCUGCUGUGCAACAUGAUGCUGGGCUACAGAGGCAUGGGCCUCUUUAUGGGAAGCAUGAUCUGUGGAUGGGACAAAGAGGCCGGCCGCAUGUUCUCUACCGGCUGUGGGAGCAGCUACGCCUACGGCGUGGUGGACAGCGGCUACAGGAAGGACAUGGCGGUGGAGGGGCGGUCAACAGUGAGUCCACUCUGGUUUCCAUCUAGCAGACAGCAACAUCCGUCUCACAUUGUCUCCGUCAUGUACCACAUGCAGCAGGACGGCUGGAUAAAGGUGUGUAAGGACGACGUCUCCGAGCUGAUCCACCGCUACAGGAAGGGAAUGUUCUGAAUGCUCAGCACUCUGAACACGACUGAUGAUGCCUUUCUUUCCAGAAGCUUCUUUGUGCACUUUUCUAGUAGUGAUUUUGGAGAUGAUCCCACUGAUGUCUCACAGCAGAGAAAUGCUCUCCAAACGUUUCUUUCCUUCCACAAGAACCUGAAGUCUACAGGACCAAAGUGUCACUAAACUGCUGAGCUCAUUGGGUGCUGUUUGUUGCUAGUGAUGUAAUGCAGGUGCUGUGUGUGGUGGUUCUCACAUGUUUCUGUGUACUAGUGUGUUCUUUGUGUUGACCACACAUGCUGUUUAAAAUACUUUCACCAACACAACACACCAAUCCCAAAUACAGCCCUGCUGUCCUGUGAUGAUUGACAUGAACCAACCAAGAAAAAAAUUGA